ACACAAAAUCCCCGGAAUUAGUCCGAUCCCCUCCGUCGAAUCUACAUGUAGAUAAAGAAGAUGUUCCUCUGUGCAUCCUUUGUGUUCAUGUCAAUAAAUCAGUCGGGACACUAACGUGUGCGCGCCGCAGUCCCUUGCUGCUCUUCAGUACAGUCCGUGGUUUCAUCGGGAUCCGAGAAGGCUCCAUCCUUACAACUCGUCAUUCUCGCGGAGAGAGACGCCCAUUCGAAAGGGAUCCUCCUCCGAACACGACUUCACUCUGCACACGCCAACAAAAUGGCACAGAAAAACACGGCGAAAAAUCGGAAAGAAAGAAAUAGCUGGGGAGGAUUUUCAGAGGAAAGCUUUAGCUGGACACCAGAAGAUGACACCAUCCAGCAGGCUCGACCAGUUCAGAUCCUUGUUGUUAAUGAUGAUCAUACGUUUGAACUGGAUGAAGCGGCUCUGAACAAGAUUCUUCUCUCGGAAAAGGUUAGGGAUCGAGAAGUGGUAGCCUUGUCUGUCGCUGGUGCCUUCAGAAAAGGAAAAUCAUUUCUCAUGGACUUCAUGCUGAGAUAUAUGUACAGUCAGGAUCCCAACAACUGGUUAGGCAACUUUGACGAGCCUUUGACUGGGUUUUCUUGGCGUGGCGGAUCAGAGCGAGAGACGACUGGUAUUCAGAUCUGGAGUGAAGUGUUUCUGGUGGACAAACCCGAUGGGGAGAAGGUUGCUGUGCUGUUGAUGGACACCCAAGGGACAUUUGACAGCCAGUCAACUCUCAGAGACUCUGCUACAGUAUUUGCACUCAGCACCAUGAUCAGUUCAAUGCAGGUGUAUAACUUGUCACAAAAUAUUCAAGAAGAUGAUCUGCAACAUUUACAGCUCUUCACUGAAUAUGGACGACUUGCUAUGGAAGAAACAUUCCAAAAACCUUUUCAGUCUCUCAUAUUUCUCGUUCGCGAUUGGAGUUUUCCAUAUGAAUUCAACUAUGGUCUUAACGGAGGAAUCAAGUUCCUGGAGAAACGUCUGAAGAUUUCAGAAAAUCAGCAUGAGGAGCUACAAAAUGUCAGGAAGCACAUUUAUUCCUGUUUUACAAACAUCUCCUGCUUCCUAAUGCCACACCCUGGCUUGAAAGUGGCGACCAAUCCCAACUUUGAUGGACGAAUAAAAGAGAUUGACGAACAGUUUAUAAAACAUCUGAAAGUUCUUGUUUCCUGGCUCCUUUGUCCUGAGAACCUUGAGUUGAAAGAAAUUAAUGGGAAUAAAAUCACUGGCCGAGGACUUGUGGAAUAUUUCAAGGCAUACAUAAAGAUUUAUCAAGGGGAAGAACUGCCACAUCCCAAGUCUAUGUUACAGGCCACAGCAGAAGCCAACAAUUUAGCAGCUGUAGCAGCAGCCAAGGACUUGUACAGUAAAAAAAUGGAGGAGGUCUGUGGAGGGGACAGACCAUUUCUUGCACCUGCUGACCUCCAGAACAAGCACUCGGAGCUUCGAGAAGAAGCUGUCAGAUUAUUCCGUGGAGUUAAGAAGAUGGGAGGAGAGGAGUUCAGUCGCCGCUACUUACAGCAACUGGAGAAUGAAGUUGACGAGUUAUACAUUAACUACAUCAAACACAAUGAUAGCAAAAAUAUAUUCCAUGCAGCACGUACACCUGCCACUUUGUUUGUGGUGAUAUUUAUUAUGUAUGUAAUAGCUGGAGUCACUGGGUUUAUUGGAGUGGACAUUAUAGCCAGCCUGUGCAAUAUGAUCAUGGGAUUGGCUCUCAUUACUUUGUGCACAUGGGCAUAUAUUAGAUACUCUGGAGAAUACAGAGAGCUUGGAGCUGUCAUAGAUCAAGUAGCAGGAGCCUUAUGGGACCAGGCUCUAUUCAGGCUAUAUGAUGCGGCUACAAGUCACAGACACAUUUAUCACCACACCUUCCUUGCAGCACAACCGGAAACCAGUGCAGACACCAAGAAGAAAAAAUGAUUCGACCAGGUUCCUUUGCGUAUAAUCACAAGGGAAAAUUGUGGUUAUUAUUGUGCAUUCACAUGCCACUAAUCCAAGAAGUGCUAUACAAAUGGAAAGCCAAUGAUAGCUUAAAACUAAAUGGAAUCAUAUAUCAACACUUGAACACUGUGCUGGCUUUCACUUAGUUAUGUUGCGAAUUGUACUGUAAAGAUGUGCUAGUUUGCAUGAUUUUGUUAACUGUUGAUGAGUCAAAUGUUCUUCCAUCAAGAAUAUACAGUAAUUUUUAAGAAUUAUUUUAAGUAACAGUUGGCAUCUUCACACAGCAGAAUGUUUGUCUUCCGUAGGAACUUCCAUAUUCUGUUACAACAUUGCACAUUUUAUUGAAUGUUUCAGGUUAAAACAUGUCUUAAAAUGCAGGUUGUCUUUACAGUUAACAGAUUGCAAUGUAUUUUAAAGAUCAUCAUUUUUGUUUGUGGUGACAGACAUUUCUACAAACGUAUGAUAAAUUUGUUACAUUAUGUUAGGAUAAUUGUACUUAACAGGACCGGUUGGAUGUCCCAAUAUUAAAAAAGAGUUAAUUGCAAGUACAUCUUCUUCAAUUUAAGGCCAAAACAGGCUGUUGAACGAAAAUCAAAUCAAUAAGAUGUUGCUGCUUUUAGUGCAGAGCACAAAUACACUAUGUAUAAAAUCUAAGUCAAAUAGCUGCUCUAUUCUGAAAGGUUUUUACUUUUCAUUCUGCAGAUAAUGGCUAUUGUGCAUAAAUGAAGUCUUGAUUUACAGAGGGAAAAAUAAAAACUCAUUAUCUGAAGUAAAAAGGAAAUUGGUAUGAAAUCUUCUGAAAUGAGGCAGAAACCCUGGCUGAAGAGCCUGGUAUGAUUAUAAAGCUCAAACCCAGUGCAGUUUUAACAGAUGAAUUUCAAUGUUCAGCACAAACAUGAAAUCAAAAUUAAAUGGUUUCCAGCUAAAGAGUUACGCAGCCUGGUGCUGUUUAUUAUCUGGUCUAUACAUUGCUACCAAAAAUCUUUGGAGAGUUUAACUUACAAAAUUUAGUGGACCUUUAGUAGAAAUUCACAAUCUCAAUUAAGUGAUUUCUAUACAUAGUAAUAACGAUCUCCAUUCAAAAACUUAAAAGCACCACCCACACCUUUGCCCAUCUAAAGCACAAAUAAUUAGGAAGUAUUUUUAUAACACAAUCAGCUAUUCAUAAUGGAAACUUUCUUUCUCAUUUGUGCAGUGCUUCCUUUGUGAGAUGUUAAUCUUAGCUGCAUGUUAGAUGGGGGAUUAAAACAUUUAAUUUAACAGUUUCACUUUUCCCUUUUAAACUUCUAUUUUAUAUCUACUCUUACAGUUUAAUGUAAGUACGUGCAGAACAUUUGAGCAUCUCAUUAUCUAAGUUUAUCAAUUAACUUCUGCUGUUGCAACCAGAUUAUUUCACGACUUUCUGCUUUAACUCAAAAUCACUACAAACAAGGUACGUAGAUGCGAGUAAUUUAGCAUUUCAUUCUUAAUCAGAGUUGAAUUGCUGGAAAUGUUGAGUACUGUGACAUUUUCACUGUUAUAUUGAAUGGGAAAGCUAAUUUUAAGUUCUAAACACUAAUCUACAAAUUAAGAAUGAAAUUUUGUCCAAGCUUCAUAUAUUUCAACUAUUUGAUAUCCUCAUAUAAUACCCAUUUUAAAGACUGUCCAAUCAUUUUUAUUAUCAAAGUUAUGUAGUAGACCCAACUCUGUGGAUAUGUCAGCUACUUUUAGUUUUCUUAUAUCUAUAACUAGAUUCAAAUUUGGAAAUAAUUGUGCCUGAUUACUGAUGUCAAUGGCAGGAUAUAGGGUAAAAUAGAUUUAUAACAUAUUAAAUGUUUGCUAUGACAUACCGUACAUAGCAGAAACUAAGAAAAACAUGAAACGAUGAUUAAAGUUGCACCACUUUUUCCCUGGGUCUCGUUGCAAGCUGGGUAGCCCCAGCUGAUGGAUCUCCACAAACUGCAAACGUGCCAUAAAGCAUCAUAGCUUAUAGGAGCCAUGAGGCUUAAGACUACUCCUCUACCUAACAAAUUUCAAAGAUGAUUUAACAGAAACAAUACUCCAUUGUAAGGCUGUUUAAGGGAAAAGAAUAGACUCCUAGGUGUUUCUGAAAAAAGUGAACUUGGAACUUUAUCCGUGUUCCUUCCCAACUAAACAGAUCCAAGUUAAGUGGCAUAUUAAAUUAUUAACUGGUUAGAUAGUGUAAUGUCAUUCUUUGCACUUUUAAAAAAAAACAUUUGAAAAUAAGAAAGUUGAAAUGCAGUUAAAUUCUAGUAAAUACUGUUAUAUUGCAAAAUACUGCAAUUUAUUCUUGCCUUAUUGUAAUUGCUUAAACCAUUUGAUAAAUAAAAACUUAGUGUUAUAGUGAU